AUGAAUUUCGUUCGGCUUAGCUUCGUGCUGGCAAUCACUUUUGGAAUACCUGCACUCUGUAGUAAGAUAUUGGUUUUGGUGGACAACUUGAAUAUUAGAGAAACACACUCGAUCUUCUUCAAGUCGCUUCAAGCUAGAGGACAUACCCUCACGAUCAAAUCUGCUGACGACCAGACUCUUGCUUUAACCCGGUUUGGUGAACAUCUUUAUGAUCAUCUUAUUGUUUUCGCCCCAGGUGUUGACGAGUUUGGAGGAACUGUUACAGUAAAAGAAAUUGCAUCCUUUAUUGACAAUGGUGGGAAUGUCUUAGUAGCGGCUGACCUUAGAAUAGGUGACGCAUUAAGGGAUCUUGCUACAGAAAAUGGUUUCGAAUAUGACGAGGACAAAACAGCUGUCAUUGAUCACUUGAAUUAUGAUACUGUUUUGGAUGAAGGCGACCAUACUACUCUGGUUGUUAAUCCAUCGCAGCUCAUGACAGCGCCUAUGAUUAUUGGUAACAAGGCAAAGUUGGGCCCGAUUUUAUAUCGUGGCGGAGCAUUGGUUUCUGACCGAAGCAAUCAGCUUCGUCUAGAGCUUUUAACAGCAGCCACUAGUGCAUAUUCAUUUAAUCCUCACUCAUCUAUUGAUGAGUAUCCUGCAGCAGUUGGAAAAUCAACAGUGUUAAUUGGAGCUCUCCAAGCAAGAAACAAUGCUCGUGUAGUUUUGACUGGUUCUUUGGCUAUGUUUAGUGACGCCUUCAUUAAUGCUGAGGUUAACAAAUAUGGAGCCAGAGAGAAGGCUCUCAAAAGUGGCAAUCUUCAGCUAAUAACGGAAAUAAGCAAAUGGGUUUUUAUGGAGAAAGGAGUUUUACGAGUUAAAUCUGUGUCACACCAUAAAGUGGGUGAAGUGAAACCUCCGAGAGAGUACACGAUUAUGGAUAAAGUUGUUUACACGAUUAAUAUUGAAGAACUUCAGGAUGGGAAAUGGCUCCCAUUCAAGGGCAACGAUGUUCAGUUGGAGUUUGUGCGUAUCGAUCCGUUUGUGAGGACCACUUUAAAAAAUGAUAGUUAG